UUUCUCGUAUCACGGUGGCUGUGAGUACCGUGAAGGACAUUAAAGUGUUAACACGUACACGAUCGAAUAAGAUACAAAAAGAGAAAAAGAAAGAUAAAGAUAGAUACAAAGAGAGAGAGAGAGAGAGAGAGAGAGAGAAAAUCUACGCAAUUUUUUAUCGUUACAGUUAUCUAAUUUUUUUUUACGGGGACACGUUUUAUUAAUAUACAGAGAGAGAGAGAGAGAGAGAAAAAAAACGGAAAAAGGAAGAAGAAGAGAGAAGAAAGAAGAAAAGAGCAGAAAAAAGCACAACUUCGUGAUUCAAUUAAUAUAAACAAACAAAAAAAAAGGGAAGGAAUCUUUUUGGGGAUAUACGAAAAAAAAGUGUGACAUCUACACGAACCACACAUUCACGUAUAUACACACGAUCACACAUACACAUACACACAUAAACAUAUCUCUCAUUAUCAGUUUGUCUUUUGAGAAUCCAGAAAUACUAGAUAUUUCGAAAGAUGGAGUUCAAGUUCAACGUCAAUAAACUUCUACCAAGGAAGAUCAACAAGGUUACUCAUAUUCUCAUACCGGAAGAUUUUAAAGGAGAUCGUCGUGAAUUAAACGAAUGUCAACGACAAUUAAGUAAAAUUUUGGAUGACAUGGGAGAAGCUUCUGCGAAAGCUCAAGGAUUGAGUAAAUCAAUAACCAGUGCUGUUAAACUUCGUGACACUGAUCAUAUUGUUUAUCUUCUUGUAGACAGCGAAGCGAACAACAACUUGGGAAGCGUAGUAGGCUUGCUGAAAACUGGAUCAAAGAAUCUGUUCAUGUUCGACGAAACGGGAGCGAAUUAUCAAUUGAGACCACGGUGUAUCUUGGAUUUUUAUAUUCAUGAAUCUCGACAACGUAUGGGACUUGGAAAUAUUCUUUAUCAGUACAUGUUGUCCGAAGAAAAUAUUAGGCCGGUGAAAUUAGCGAUCGACCGACCUUCCGAGAAAUUUCUUGCCUUUCUACAAAAACAUUAUGGACUGUCGAAAAUCAUUCCGCAGAAUAACAAAUUCGUUGUGUUCCAUGGAUUUUUUGAUGACGAAAUUCAAGAUGUCAGAGCUAACAGAUAUAGUUUACCACCAAGACACUCUUUUGAUAUUGGAACACCACCGAAUAAUAAUGCAGCAAAAAGUAAUAGUACAAAUGGCAUACCGUAUGUUUCUACAGUUACUCGUAGUUCUUACGGUAGAUACGCUGCUGGACGACCGCCUUGUUCAAUGGCAAACAUAAUCCAUAAUACUGCGAUGCUUGGUCAAUCAGUUGAACGUACAGGCGAGGACGUUAUCUCUUCUUCUAUUACAUCAAAACUGGAACGACCUCGAUCUUUAAGCUUGUAUUCGGAGGAAGAUCAAAAGCAACAUACAAAUGAAUUACCAAUUAUAUCAACAACAGUUGUUCCUAAUAAUGAAGCAACAUCAUUCGCUCCUGUUAUAAUAGAAACUGAAAAAACUGUUAAAGCAUCGCCUUCGUGCAGUCAAGAAGUCACUGGAAACAAUCAGCAUGGUCAUCUCGAUCUUAAAUUUUACCAUUCACCAUUAUGGUAAAAAACAGAACGUUUAUAAAUGACAUUAUCACGAACGAAAUAGAAAUAAAUUUGAUGCUACAGUAAUUCCUGUUCAAA